AUGUAGAUUCUAAAAUUAUCUUGUCUAUAAUUAAUGAUAAUUUUAUUUUUCUUUUCUAAACCUUAUACUUUUGAUACCUUCCUAUCACUAAAUUGUCUAAAACCUCUGGGAAAAUGUGAAAGAGAAAUGAUGAUGGGGCAUUCUUGUCUUGUUCCUGAUUUUGAAAGGAGGGCUUUUAACAUUUCAUCAUUACAUAUAGUGUUUGGCAUCUCUAGUGACUGAGCUGCCUUAUAUUUUGGAGCACACUUUUCUCAUGCUUGAUUGGAAAGAGCUCAAGUCAAGUUUAGCCUUGGAGCAAGAGGCAAAAUCAUAUGCCUUAGAUCUAGAUUACUUAGGCUAGUGUAGUAGAGAAGAAGGAUUUUCUAUGUGGCCCACUAGAAUUUGACACUGGGGUUUGGGGCCACAGCCCCAGCUAAUAUUCUCUGUAGAUACAUUUUCCUCCAAAACCUUGAAGUCAGGAUUUGAGUAGUUUUGAGUCCCAGCCAAAACCACCUCCUAAUGCAGUGAGUGGGUAUCAGAAUCACACAUUGGUGGGCCCUAACCCAGAGUUUAUGACUCAGAGUCCCUGGGGUAGGGACUGAUAAUUUGCAUUUCUUUUUUUUUAACUUUUUAAAAUGUUUUGUUUAUUUUCGAGAGAGAGACAGAGUGCAAGCAGGGAGGGGCAGAGAGAGAGGGAGACACAGAAUCUGAAGUAGGCUCUAGGCUCUGAGCUGUCAGCACAGAGCCCAAUGCAGGGCUUGAACUCAUGAACUAUGAGAUCAUGACCUGAGCUGAAGUCAGACACUUAACUGACUGAGCCACCCAGGCACCCUGAGAAUUUGCAUUUCUAAGAAGUUCCCAGGUGAUGCUGAUACUGCUGGUCCCAGAACCACACUUUGAAAACUAGUCUUCUUUGUGGUCUCCACCAUGGAAACAAUAUGAUGAAGGGGAUGUCAUCAUUUGAAAAGCAUUGCAAUAAGAUGCAUGCAUUGUGCUGCUGCUGUGGCUCUAAGUCCUACCACCUUCAGAAAUUGACCUGUGGCAAAUGUGUCUAUCUUGCCAAGCAGAAGAGAAAGUAUAACUGGAGUGGCAAAGCUAAAAGACGAAAUACCACUGGGACUGGUCAAAAGAGGCACCCAAAAAUUGUGUGCCGCAGAUUCAGACAUGGAUUCUGUGAAGGAACAACACCUAAACCCAAGAGGGUGGCUGUUGCAGCAUCCAGUUCAUCUGAAGGAUUCAAUGAUUAGUCACAAGAUAAAUGUUCUGGUUUGAAAGAAAGAAAGAAAGAAAGAAAGAAAGAAAGAAAGAAAGAAAGAGAAAGAAAGAGAGAAACGCUGCCCUAACCGGCUCCUUAAAACAUCCCAACAGUGACAAUCCAGAGACAAGGAAACAAAAUUAUUAAAGUGCCUGAGGGGUGCCUGGGUGGCUCAGUUGGUUGAGCAUCUAUCUGACUUCAGCUCAGGACAUGAUCUCACGGUUCAUGUGUUCAAGCCCUGUGUCAGGCUCUGUGCUGAUAGCUCAGAGCCUGGAGCCUGCUUCAGAUUCUGUGUCUCCCUCUCUCUCUCCCCUGCCCCACUCAUUCUCUCUCUCUCAAAAAAAAAAAAAAAAAAAAAAGUGCCUGAGAAGGAAGGAGGGAGACUGCAACCAUGAGUACCAUCCCUGGAGGAUGACAGAUGGCCACUCCAAACAUGGAAGAAAUGAAAGAGGGAAACACAGGAGGAAAUGGGAGAUUUGGGACAGAACAUGAAAGGAACUCAUGGGAAAGUAUGAAGGGAGACCACAAACAAGCAAAUAAAUCAGGUGGGGCUGAUUAUUCAGUCUGCAUCCAACAAAGGACAUGGAGGGGAAAGAUGACAGUGAGACCUGCAUAGCUUUUAGGAGGGGCAGUGACAGGAUGGCCAUUUAAGUGACAAUUCAUUGCUAAGAUCUGUUCCCCACAGAGAUGGGCCUCUGCCAAGUAAGACAGUAAGUGCUGGGUAAAUCAGAAGCCCAAGCCCCAGGAAGUAACAAACUUAAUGCAAGUUUCCU